AAUAGGACUGUGGAGCUGCUCACACCCAUCAUUUUCCUCAAGUCUUGUUGAUGGAAUCUGAAAUGAAACCCACCCAUCUUCGGAUAAGGCACAAGGAGAUGCUAAUCUCUGUUGCUCUGGGCCAAGUGUUAUCCCUCCUUAUUUGUGGAAUUGGUUUGACCAGCAAGUACCUGUCAGAGGAUUUCCAUGCCAAUACACCAGUCUUCCAGAGUUUCCUCAAUUACAUCCUUCUUUUCUUGGUCUAUACCACCACACUAGCUGUUAGACAAGGGGAAGAAAACCUCCUGGCAAUUUUACGACGACGAUGGUGGAAGUAUAUGAUCCUGGGACUCAUAGACCUGGAAGCAAAUUACCUGGUAGUCAAGGCUUACCAGUACACAACUCUGACCAGUAUCCAGCUCCUGGACUGUUUUGUGAUCCCCGUUGUGAUUUUGCUCUCCUGGUUCUUCCUGCUGAUCCGGUACAAGGCUGUGCAUUUCAUCGGCAUCGUUGUCUGCAUCCUGGGCAUGGGCUGCAUGGCUGGAGCAGAUGUGCUUGUGGGAAGGCACCAGGGAGCAGGGGAAAACAAGCUAGUAGGGGACCUUCUGGUCUUAGGAGGAGCCACACUCUAUGGUAUCUCGAACGUCUGGGAAGAAUACAUUAUCCGAACUCUGAGCCGAGUGGAAUUCCUGGGAAUGAUUGGACUCUUCGGUGCAUUUUUCAGUGGAAUUCAAUUAGCUAUCAUGGAGCACAAGGAGCUGCUGAAGGUGCCCUGGGAUUGGCAAAUAGGACUGCUCUACGUUGGCUUUAGUGCCUGCAUGUUCGGGCUGUACAGUUUCAUGCCGGUCGUCAUAAAGAAAACCAGCGCCACUUCAGUCAACCUCUCCCUGCUCACAGCAGAUUUAUACAGCCUCUUUUGCGGAUUGUUUCUCUUCCACUACAAGUUUUCAGGACUUUAUCUCCUGUCGUUCUUCACCAUCCUCAUUGGGCUGGUGCUCUACUCCUCCACCUCCACUUACAUAGCCCAGGACCCCCGAGUCUACAAGCAGUUCCGCAACCCUUCGGGUCCCGUUGUGGACUUACCAGCCACAGCUCAGGUGGAGCCUUCAGUCACCUACACCAGCCUGGGUCAGGAGACCGAAGAGGAGCCCCACGUGCGAGUGGCCUAGAAUGAGGCCCUCCCUGCCCACUGAAGACAACUCAGUGCCCAUGUGUUCACCCAUCGUCUUUGUAUUGUACAUAGAGAAAGGUAUUUAUUAGGUGCAGUUUACACAGGUGGACUGCAAGGUAGCAAAUCUGAAGGCCUGUCAAAGGCACAAGCUAAACAUCACUGGAGACGCAGGCUCCAAUUCACCUGACUUGGAGAGAGGCCUAGCUAGAGUGUAUCCUAAUCACAACCCCCUAUGUUAAUUACUGUGAAAUUUUUUUAAUCAAAAACAAGUAUUAUUGUUAUUAUUUGUAUUAUUGUUACUGUUCUUACACCGACUUUCAGGAGGCAAUUUUUUACUCCUGAUGGGAAUUAGUACCAGAUCCACAUGUAGUUAACAUAAAUCCUACUUUUCUACGGCAAGUCACUUUUUAAAAAUCAUACUUUUUUUUUUUUUGCACAGUCUAUGAGUGCUGCAUGCCACAGGAGCUCCACCCCUGAGAAGCCUCCUUAUCCUAGGGACCUGGUGGCUGAUGGUUUCCUCUGUAACCUGUUGGAUUGCCUGCUCAAAAAGUUUUUUGUGCUGUGACCCUUGUGGGGAGGGGCAACUGACCAUAUAAUUUUCUAUUCUGGGAAUAGAUAUAAAACAAGCAUUUUUGCCUUUUUAUAUUCCAAUCUGAUGACUCCAGGCCAUCACCUUUCUGUUGUGCCACACGAUUCCACUAAUCAAGCCCCUGUAAUAACAGGAUAAAGAAUAGGUUUCUCAUAAACCCCAGAAAUAAUAUCAUUUGUGUUGGGGUAUAGAGACUUCCAUAAAAUCUUUCUGCUGUCUUUAUCUUCCCUGUUCCAAAAAUUGGAUAUUCCUUUUUCCUCUCAGAUUUCUUUAACAAUAAUAGGAGACUAAUCAAGGCAUUGGAAAAAGCCAUAGUCUUCUGCCCUCUUAAUUGUGUGACACUCUUUUGAAAUACACCAGCUUGGCAAUUACCUUUAUUGUGGUGUGUUAUUGAUUGUGUGACCUUCCAACAAAGUCACGGUGCUGACUCAGAGCAGUCUUUGACAAUAAUAGCGCAAUAGAUCUGGCUACUUUGUAAUGGUUAAAACGUCACCAAUGAAGAAGACUGGCAUUUCGUUCAUACUUGGCAUCUAUUCAAUAGUAGAAUGUAUCAACACAACAUCCUGAUGGCUGUAGCAGGUAUCACAGCAUCCUAAUAAUGCUUUGAGUGACUUGUCACUAGGCUAAUUUUGUUGCCCUUAAAAUCACCCUUUCUUCAAAUACAGGAAAUCAAGUAACACCGCCAACCUCUGAUUUAGAAUAGAUUCUUCAUACCACUAUGUGAAAUCAUCAUUAAAUCUGACUGGUUUCAUAACAUUCAAAAAAAUUUCAUGAAAUUAUAGUUUGUAAAGGAAAAAUAAGUAUUUUUGAAAUGCUUGACAAAUCAAACCAGUACAUCUUAAGCAAGACAAAACAUUAGUAGGGUUUCUGUAAAGUAGGAGGAGAGAUUGAAGCUUACUCAGGAUGCCCAUGUAGCCUGAAGAAGGACUUAAUAUGGCAGGCCAGGCCUCCUGAACUGUCGGUCACCCAUGUGGUCCCUCUGCUAUCCACUUCCCAGGGCAGGUAGUCCCACUCUUGGAGAUGGGAAGAAAAUUAUCUUCUCUGAUGUGCACCUUUUAUUUCAUCUUUGUUCAGCCCCUUUAGAAAAAUGUCUUAUUUUCUGUGGAAAAAAAAAAUCAAUGUUAAAGUUAUAGAAAGUCAAAACUUUUCCAUGUCUGCUCUCUGCUACCUUUUAAACCAAUUAAAUACCUUUCUCUGAAUAUCUUGUCCAUUCAGAUCUGAAGACCUUUAAAGACUGUGGUUUUAUUUUUGUGUUUACAUUCCUUUGGUUUUGCAUAAUUUGCUUGAUUUAUGCAUUUUUAGUAUUUAUUUUAAGCCAAAUGUUUUAGCCUUUUUUAUUCAUUUUUAUGACACUAAUUUGUAGAUGUUUAGUAAAGUCUUAUGAGAAAUAAGUGGAUAAAAGUAUUUCCAAGUCAGCUCAGUGGACUGGGAAUUUUUUUAAAUUUAAAUUUCAAAAUGGUUUGCAAUCAACAGAUGGCUAAAGUUGCCAUCUGAGUUCUUUUAUAGGCUACUUUAAUUGACUCCAUUGUAUGGAAACCAAGUGUGAAUGUUAAGGUGAAUUCACUGUAUCCCUGUAUCAUACAGCGCCCUUGUAUACAAGACUCUCAUGUCACCUGGGGUAACUCACCAUGUUGGUUUGUCUCCAUUUAGAAAGGCAGAUAACAUAUUGAAUUUUCCAAGAUCAGGAGUUGCAGAUUGACCCUCUAGAAGAAAAGAAAAUAGCAAAGAACAAACUCUUUUUCUGUGUAAAAUCACUGAUUCUUGGGAGUGGGGCGGGAAAUGGGAGUAGAACAUUAACACUAGCUCUUUUACUUUCUGAAAUUUCCUAACCUCAGUAGACACCAGCAACAAAAUUCAGCUUUUUAAUCCACCACCACCCUCUCCUCCACAAAUGAGACUUUCACAGUUUGCAUAGAAUUUGACUGGAUAGCAAACCACAGCUCUCCUAAACCCUGCUCAGUAUAAGUGGUGGUUCUCACUUCUUCCAUGAAAACUUGCACUGGGGACAGAGCUUGCCUUGGUCACACCUUCCCAUAGCUCCAAACUCUGAAACACACAACCAGGUAGACCAGGCAAAGGGAAAAUUUGCACCUCUGAAUCCCAUGAAAAUGUUUCAAUGUUUAGUUUAGAUAUUGCUAACUUGUGCUAUUAACCUUUUGACAAGCGUGUGGUAUUGUUUGUUUUGGGUUUGUUUUUGAUUUAUAACCAUUUAGUAGUCCUCAGCUAGCUACCAGUACAGAUUUUACCCCAUGGGUAGGAUUCUAUUGUCAAAUCACAUAACAAAGCACACUAAUCCAGACACUGCAAAUGGAAAUAUGAACCAAAAACGAAAUUUACACCGAUACGUGGAACAAACUCUCCAUUUUUGAUAUCUGCAUGCUCCCCAAUGGACUGGCUGUGGCAAUGUAAUGCCUGUAUAAUGUUUUCAAAUAAAAAUAAAUGCUUUAUG